UUGCGGGGCGAGCAGAGCCGGUAUCGGCAUCGACGAGGCGAGCGAGAGAGAGAGAGCGAGCCCCGAGGACGUGAUUUGAUGACAUAUUUCACGAUCGUGCAAGGCAAUCACGAAGCCAGGCAGCGCGGAUGUUGUAACAACGGCAAAAGCACGCUUGCGCUUCGCGUUACGGAGUUGGUUUUCGGUGUAUUGCGUAGAAUGAGUGAAUGAAGGAAUGGCGUGGCGGAUCACGGUGCUGAAGUUUCGCCACUUGGAGACGUAGGCUUGGGGUGGAUUGGGAAGUCGGGGAGAUGGGUCCAGUGUAGGAAACGAUGAUGCGUAGUAGAGGUUAGUUCUCAUGAUUGGAAGCCAUAGCUGAAAUUGAGAACGGAUAUGGCUCCGAGCGUAUACCACUGUGUGCAUUUCUCUGCUCCAGCUUCCGCGUUCAGUUCUUUGCUUUCUUGCCGAAUUGGGCCGAAGGUGCAGUGUAAGAAUCACAUCAGCUGUGGGUUCUUUGUCACUUUCUCCCCGAGUUUUGUAGUUGAGUCCUUUCGGCCCCAGUCGACAGACACGUCCAACUUGCUCGGAAGCAUCUUGUCUUAUGUGGACGGGGAUUGUAAGCAAGCUGAGAAGAACAGGUUUGGUCAUCAGAACAGUACAAAGAAUAAUGAAUCUUUAGUGCGGCGUAUACAGCAUGAAACUCGUAGUCGAAGAAUAACGGAUAGAGAUUCCACGCCUGUCGUGAGGGCCCUCACCUGGGCUCUCCGCGGUGUGAAGGAUGAAGAAACUGUAGGUGUCAUAGUGGGUAAUUUAGAAUUUCAGAUGUCAAUUUUUACUUCUGUUAUUCAGAAGUUGGGCAUGGAGAAGAAACCACAAGCUGCAGUGGCCCUUUUACGAUGGUUGCAGCGAAGAGAAGGUGGUGAUGGUACUAUAGAUCGGCCAAAUGUGUUCACUUACAAUUCUUUAUUAGGGGUUUUGAAGGCGAACCACUGCUACGAAAUGGCGACCAUGAUCUUAGAGGAAAUGAGAGAAAAUGGCAUUUCCUCGGAUAUUGUGACUUGCAACACGGUAAUUAGUAUGUAUGAGCAGCAAGGGCGGCCCGAUGAAGCACUGAAAGUUUAUGAGGAUCUUAGAACAACAGGAAUGGUUCCUGACCUGUUCACGUACAGGACAAUGAUUCAGGCCCUUGCCCGCAGUGGGAAGUGUGAGCGUGUGCUGGAGUUGUAUAGAGAUUUAGUUCACCAGGAAAGAAGUGGAUCAGAGAAUGGUCGUCCGAAGCUGAAACGAGAGAAGGAGCAGAGGCAGGAGCUUGCCGUUUUUGUAGUGCAACUGUGUUACCGGCGGAUAUGGAGUUGGCUGAGUAGUGAUACAAGUACUAUAAAAGAAUUAGGUCAGCUCUUCGCAGGAAUGCGGCAAGCUGAGAUAAGAUUGGAUGAGAAAAUGUGUAGAAACUUGAUUCGAGCGUGUGGGCAGCGGGUGAUAGAUUACUACCCUGCAAAAUGGCUCUAUUUCAACAUGCGGGAGCAAGGGUUUUACUUGAAUGUCUCGCUGUGUAAUCAUAUCAUCAGGCUUUUAGGGAAGGCAAAGAGAUGGUGGGCUGCUCUUGGGGUUUAUGAACACAUGAUGAGUGUGGGGCCACCCCCAGAGGAGACUACGCAUCGACUGCUUUUAUCACAUUUUCAAAUUUUAUUGAACUCUGCUGGCAAGCGAGGGAUAUGGAAGUGGGCUUUGCAGCUACUAGACAAGAUGCAAGAAAAAGGGAUCAAACCUGAUUCGUUUGCAUGGAAUGCUGCGCUAAUAGCGUGCGGGAGAGCCCACAAACCUGCUGCUGCUAUUGAGGUAUUCCAGAGGAUGACAGCGGCUGGACAGCAACCAGGAGUAUUAUCCUAUGGCGCCUUGCUAAGUGCUCUUGAGAAAGGGAACUUAACCAGUCAAGCGGAGCAGGUUUGGAAACACAUGCUUAAGGUAGGCACGAAGCCAAAUGAAUAUGCUUACACGACCAUGAUUACAGUACGAGGGAAAUCAGGCAAUUAUAGCGAAGCAGCAGACCUAUUUUACGACAUGCAACGCAACGGUAUGGAGCCUACUGUUGUUACCCACAACGCAAUGAUAACAGCUUGUGCACGGGCUAGUGAUGGACAGGGUGCUGUGAAAUGGUUGCAGCAAAUGGAGGCUUCUUCUGUUGAACCAGAUAGUAUCACUUAUUCCCAGGUCAUUGGAGCACUGGCGAGUGAGGGUAAUUGGCUACUUGCCACUUCUUAUUACAUCAAAAUGCGGAACCUGGGAUUACCAAUUUCAUGCAGCGUCUAUGAUGUAGUGUUGAAGGUCAGUGAGGCUAAUAAUGCACCCAUAGACCAUGAAUUGUUAGGACCACGGCCAUUAGACAUCAAAGUUCGUCAUCGAGAUAGAAAACCAGCAGCAGGAGAAAUCGACGUUACAAUGGUUAAUAUAGAUGCUGUUGUGUCUACCACUUUUUGACCAAUUAAUCAAUCCAGAAUCCACUUGGAGGAGAGUGGCAUAAACUCGGAUCUUUUUAGUAUUAAAUCUGUUGUAUAUGUACCAUGGUUUCUUAAACAUUUAAUCGCAAUGAAACGCGCACAGGAGAUUUUCUAA